AAUAUGUUUAAUUGGUUUUUAUUAAACAGCAUAUAGCUAUUAACAGCCCACAUCUAAGGUACCAUUGUCCAUCAUGAGGGAUAGAGAAAGUGUUUAAUUAAUUCAGAUAAUCAAUUACUUUUUAAAACAAGUAACUAUAUUAUGUACUAAAAUAUAAUUCAGUGGAGUUGAAACAAACAUUCUGAACAGUAAUUUUUUUUUUGUAGAAAGUAUUACAUAUAUAAAUUGAAAAUGGGAUUGGUUUUAUUAGUUUAUUUAGUAAUAAUAAAAGAUAUUUACAUCCUAGCAAAUACUAUACCACAACAGAAUGAAUCAAACAGAUUAGCCAAAUCACUGUUAGGAAAAAUCCUUUACCCUAAGACUAAAACUCAAUCAACAUCAAAUCAUCAUUCAGUUAAAUUACAAAAUUCAUUUGGUGUUUCUGGAAAUUUUGGAAUCGGAUUUCAUUUUGGAAGUGGAUACAGAAUAAAAAAUGGUGAUGGAAAAGAUGAUCAGAUUAUUGAACACAAAAAAAUACAUGAUAAGUAUUUAGGUACUAGUUUUGGUUUUGGAUCAUUAGGAAACAUCAACAACGAUCAUGUAAACAGCAUUAAACAGUCAGUCUCAGAUGAUCAACAGAUUAUUUAUCACGAUGAAAAUAACUUGGUUGAUCAAGAGUCCAACAAUGAUACAAUUCCAGUAACAGAAAAAACAAAGUCUGGAGUCUUCAGAAAAAUCAAUUGCUAUUGGGCUGGUGAUAGUGAACAUACAGAAGCUAAAAAUGAUUAUAAUAUAAGUAAUGGAAUAUUUAAAUGGAGUAUGCAAAAAUUAAAAAAUAAAAAUAGUAUUGGAACACCUAGAUAAUAAGAUUGCAAAAUGUGUGUGUAAAUCUAUGGGAUAAAUAAUAAUUAUGUAGGUACUUACAAAUUUA